UGUAGGUGUCGCCGUCCAAACGACUAAGGAACAUUACAAUAUACAUAUAUAUUUAUUAUUAAUCAAAGAAUAAUGGAGUCAGAUUAUGAUGAAGAUCGUGGAGCUUGGACAGAAGAAAUGACAAGAACUGAAGACUGUGGAGGAGAAGAUAGCUUUGAUAAUCCUCAAGAAAUAUUAAAUGAAUGCUUAGAUAAAUUUAAAACACCAGAUUAUAUUAUGGAGCCUGGUAUUUUUGCACAACUUAAAAGAUAUUUUCAAGCUGGUGGAACUCCUGAGCAAGUAAUAGAAUUAUUAUCUAAAAAUUAUACAGCUUGUGCUCAAAUGGCAAAUCUUCUUGCAGAAUGGCUUAUUCUGGCUGGAGUUAAAGUUUCAGAUGUUCAAGCUAUGGUGGAAAAUAACUUAAAAGAUAUGAUAUUGAAAACAUUUGAUCCUAAAAAAGCAGAUAAAAUCUUUACAGAGGAGGGUGAAACUCCUGCUUGGUUAACAGAAAUGAUUCAACAUCCUACUUGGAGAUCACUUAUUUACAGACUUGCAGAAGAAUACCCUGAUUGUUUGAUGUUAAAUUUUACUAUAAAGCUUAUAUCUGAUGCUGGAUUUCAAGGUGAAAUCACAAGUAUUUCAACAGCUGCACAACAAAUUGAAGUAUUUUCACGAGUUUUAAAAACGGCAAUUGCUGGAUUUUUGCAAAAUACUGAAGAUUGGCAGUCAAGUAUACAAGAAUGUGCGAAAAUGGUAUGUCAUGGACAACACACUUAUGUCUACAGUCAAGUGUUAUUGCAAAUCCUUGCUCAAGAAUCUCGUGGUGGUUUUAUGAUGAAAAGGCUUUCCCAGGAAAUUACUAAAUGUGCUCAACAAAAUCACCAUGAUGUUACUCCAAUAACCAUGGCACUUAAUGGAGCUUCAAGUAGUCCCAGUGCAUGUCAGGCACUGGCAUCUAUGUUAUCGCGAAAUACUUUAAAUCCUGCUGAUAUUAGUGUAUUAUUUCGAAAUUAUUACUUUUAGGUAUUAAUCUAUAUUUAUGUAUAGUGAUGCAAUUGACUAUUCUUAAAAUUAUGGUAAUGUCUACAAAAUUAUAAUUUAUUAAUUUCAGAACUAUUGGUUGAUGCUCUUUUUAAACCAGGUGUAAAAAUUAAUCCCGAACAUAAAUCCAAAUACAUAUAUUUAUUAGCUUAUGCAGCUAGUGUAUGUGAUAUUCCAGCUAAAAAAGGACAUUCCCGAAAAUUAAAUAAAGAUGAACUAAAAACGACUAUUCAAGCUAUAGAAAAAGUUCACAAUAUUUGUAAUAUUAAUAAGGGAUCUACUGAAUUAAUAGCUGAAUUACAUACUUUAUAUCAAUGUAUAAGAUUUCCUGUUGUAAGUGUGGGUAUAAUUAGAUGGGUUGAGUGUACUGUUACAGAACCAUCAUAUUUCAAAUUGUGUACAGAACAUUGCCCUGUACAUCUUGCAUUACUUGAUGAAGUUGUAGUUUGCCAUUCUUUAUUGCAUCCAAAAGUACUACAACUCCUUGUACAGUUAUUUGAAAGUAAACAAGAUGAAUUGGAAAUACUUGUGCAGUUGGAAAUGAAGAAAAUGUUAAUUGAUAGAAUGGUUAAUUUAUUAAGUAGAGGUUGUGUUGUACCUGUAGUAUGUUACAUCAAACAAUGUUGGCAACGUGGAGAUACUGAUGUAUCUUUAAUUAGAUAUUUCGUUACAGAGGUUUUAGAAGCUAUAGCUCCACCAUAUACUACUGAAUUCAUUCAUUUAUUUCUGCCUAUGGUAGAAGAUGAAGAAAUUACAGGAACAAUGCGUGGUGAUAGCGAUAAUGAUCUUGUGUCAGAAUUUAUAGUACACUGUAAAGCACACUGUCCUACUAUAAGGUGA